AGAAAGAAGCCGGGCUAAGGAGGAAAGUUGGGCCUCAUUUUCCUCAUUCUUCACUGCCAUAGUUCCAGUAGAAUCUCAGCAAGAAAUCUAGACCCAUUUGUUGUUGCGUUGUAUCGUGUUAGAAGACGUACAACACUUUAAAAGCACCUAAAUACAUGUGAAAAACUCGGCUGCAUCGUCCUGAUUACUUCUCACUGAGCAAUCAUUAACAAAGCAACUUGGCACUGGGCCAUCGUUCUGUUUACUAAGUCUAUAUAAAGCUGCAGAUAGAGAGUAAAGUUGAUUUUGCAACAUUGUGGAGGGGAGAGCAACUCCAGGAGCCAAUUCUUUCCUGAAAGUGAUAUUAUUCGUUGUGAAACGAAAAUCAAUAAUUCAAAAUGGCACGGUUUGGAGGGACUCCAAUGGUUAUAAUGACCCAGCCUGCUGCUGCUGCAUUGAAAAGGGAAUGGAACUCUGGACUGCUGAGCUGUUGUGAUGAUGUGGGAAUUUGUUGCUGUGGUACAUUCUGUCUACCUUGUCUAGGCUGUCAAGUUGCAGGGAAUAUGGGUGAAUGUUGUCUCUGCGGCACCUCCAUGGCGAUGAGAACUCUCGUCAGAACAACAUAUAACAUUUCGGGAUCCCUUUGCAAAGAUUUCUGUGCAACUGCAUUUUGCCUCCCAUGCUCUGUUUGCCAAAUUAAAAGAGAAAUUAAUUAUGCAAGAUGAGGUUGCUUAGAGGUUUUCUGGAUAUAUGACACAUUGUGUGGCAGGUAUGACCUUUAUUUAUCAUAAUUCAUCUGAUACAAAAUGAAGACUGAUGGAAAGUGCAACAGAAGAAAACAAAUUGAAAAUUAGCAGAUACAAUUUCAUUAAAUUUUUGUGAAGCCAUUGCCCUGUGAUCUGAAGUUUUUUGCCGGAGUAAUACAACACUUAAGAUUGCCAAUGAUGUUCAAAUUGAAUGAUAUACAGGUCAAAAGGGGAGAUUAUUUUGAUUAUUUUUACUUUUGGUGAAGCGAGCUGUUCCAUCAAUGUUAUAAAAGGAAACAGACGAGCCAAAACCAGAAUGAUCCAAAUUGGAUAAAAUUCAAAUGGUAGUGAACGUACCCAGGAAAACUCAGACUUCAAAUGUAGAAUUCACCUCUUUGUGGCAGUUUCUAAAUCUGCAAUUUUCUAGCAAUAUUUUACAGGAA